AUGAAGCUCUACUCUACUAUAACUUCUUACAUUAUUGAAGACAAUGGAUCUCGCCUUAUCUGUUCGAAAUUGGAUGGACGGCUUUCUGCAUCCCCAACGCUAGAUGUCAUACCUAUGGAUGCAGAGGAAGUGUGCGAUAUUGUCUCGGUUAUUGGACGACUCGAUCUCGAUGGUCUGAACUAUCUCCUCUGCGUCACCAGUAGCACUGUAGUAGCUGAGUUGAGCGAUGGGAAACAUCCCAUUCACCGCAUCGAUCACGUGAAAGCUAUUUUACUGGACCCUUUAGGAAGCUUAGAAGCAUUACCUGCUGCUGGAGUUCCGACUGAUUCUUCUGCCCAACGCCUGAAGCAGAGCACUGGAAAACUGUUAAAAUUUGUGCAGGAUAAAAUCGGUUUGGUGACUUCAACGUAUCUAAUAAUAUUUUUAUUUUAA